AUUUAGUGUGUGUUCGUGAAGUAUGCACGCAAACUAAACACUGAAUGUUGGCUGAAUGGAGAAAUUUGGGAUUUUCUUAUCGCAACUACUCUCACCGAGGUGGGUCAUACAAGGACCACAAAGAGAUUUAGUGAGAUUCGGCAAAGCUGCUUGUAACAGCAGACGCAUCAAAGGCAGGACGAUGGGUCCUCUCACAGCUUUCAUUGCUUGGACGGUGUCAUCGUACGCCUGUCAUCAGAUGGCAAAGUUGUUUCUUACCAACGUCGGCAUUGUGACCUCUCACGCGACCCCAGUCACCACGGCUGCUGCUUUAACUUUGGUUCAGAUAUUCUUUUGCUGGUUGCUGACAACAACCACGUGGGAGACCAAAACCACUGACGUCGACGAAGACAAAACUAACCCUGAUGUGACAAAUGCGAGACUACGGGCGAACUAUCGCGUUGCCCUGGUAAUGCACGUGCUGUCUACGUUUCUGACCAACUGGAGCUUAGCACGAACGGAGGCGGCCUCCACGUUGGCCAUCAAACUGAUGGAGCCGCUGGUGUCCGCGGUGGCGCAGCGGGUGUGGCACGGAGAGCCUCUCAGCUACAACGUGUGGGUCAGUCUACCCUUGGUCAUCGGCGGCGCCGUCGUCUUCGUGUCUGACGAUCCCUUGAGUGUACAGCACGCGCUGAGCGCUGGUGUGGUGCUGGCCAUGGGCUCCAACGUGCUGCUGGCCGUCAGAAACCUGGCCAUCAAGGGACUGCACUCAGCACAUUUAAACCUAGGCCUGCGUAAGUUCACCCGCCUUGUUGCGUGGCUCUUGGCGACAGUUUUAGUAGUCAUCUUGAUUGCUGUUUGGUGGCUGCAGAUCGCAGACAUCGUGUCACGUAGGACAAGUCUGGCUGUGACGUCACUGCUGCUGUCGGGGGCGUUUCACGUCACGUACUCGCUGAUCAGCACGAGCGUCAUCCUGCGCGCGUUGGACGUGGUCAGUCACGCUAUGGCCAACGUCAUCAAGCGCAUGCUGGUGGUGGCGCUGCUGUACGUCAGCGGGUCACGUAGUGCAUCUGUCGUCAACGCUGCGGGUCUGACGGUGGCGGCUGUGGGGCUGGCUGUGUACGUCAGAGGGAAAGCAGAAGGAAGACCGGAAAUGUGUAGCAACAAUACCAGCAUGAACCGACUGAAAGACCUGACGUGUUUCCAUCUACCUAAAAGGUGGUUUUUAGUGGCUUCCUUGCUGAUAACUGCGACGUUUUCACUUUUAUUGUACAACGCUGAUGUCGACCUACGUAAACAAAUUCAAACAGUUAGUUGUGAACUCAAAGAUCGAUUUGUUGGUAAUAAUAACUUCUUACGUGAUCCUCAGCAUAUAGCUUUAAAGGACACUUCUAUACAAAAUGAAACAUUAUCUCCCUUUGGUCUUCGGUGGCCACCAGUUCCACAGAAUACAUCGCUACUACAGGAAUGGGGUGAGUUCUUAUCCAUGGAUUACACCCGCCAUCCCUUCGACACGGAUCGCCUGGCUCCUACCCUGCACACCAACGACGAGGUGGUGUGGGAGCUGCAGCGCCUGCACGUGCGGGUUCUGACGUCACUGCUAGCGGGUCGACGUCACGCCAUGCUGAUGGACUUCGCCACUUACGAGAACAAAGGCGACCCCGCCAUCGCGGCGGGACAGGUGGCCUUGUUGAAGCGGUUCAACGUGACUAUAGUCUUCAGCUGUUCUACUGGACUCUGUAACGACGACAACCUUACAAAAGCAAGGGAGAUAAGCAAAACAUACAACUCAACAUCGCUUAUUAUUCUUUUGCAAGGUGGCGGUAACCUGGUAGGCUACGCAGACAUAGACUUCACCAGGGAAAAAAUCUUGAAUCUUUUCCCAGAUUUUCCAACUAUCUUGUUUUCUCAAAGCAUCUGGCUUAACAAUGGAAAUCAAGCUCAUCUCAAUAAGUGUCGUGAGAUUUACUCCCAGAGGGAGAACCUGACCAUCUUCUUGCGGGACCGACAGUCGCUGGGUCUGGCGCAGAAACAUUUUCCAGGGACGAAACUCAUGUUGAUGCCCGACAUGGCGUUUGGCCUGGGGCGUGUCCCGCGCACCAUGCCGCCUACACACGACAUUUUGUGGAUUAAGAGAAGUGAUAGCGAGUCUUCAGGGUAUAAAGUACCCGAGAUACCUACUAACCUCAGUGUUUAUGUCGGCGACUGGCGAGAAUGGAAGACAAACCAGGGCAACACGCCCAUGGAAACAUCAUUUCUGAUAGCCUUUAACGGGUUGUCGUUCUUGCAGCGUGGGCGCGUGGUGAUCACUGACCGACUACACGGCCACAUCCUGUCCGUGCUGCUGGGAAUCCCUCACGUGCUCAUCGACAACCCUCCCUACUUCAAACUCUCCUCCUUCCGUCGCACGUGGACGGCGGGGUUAUCCAACACGGUGCUGGUCACCACAGGGGAGGAGGCUCUGGACCAGGCACAAAAACUGCUGAAGAAGUACAAUAAUUAUCUUCCUUCCGUCGUGCCUUCUUAG